AUGGUUCCUGCUAUUGGUGGCGACCCGAAUGUACAAGUUUUUGAACCCAUCACUGAGAAUGGUGUCCAGCUGGCAGAUCUUCCCGCUGAAAAUGCCAUUCUUACAACCGCGCCCAAUGUUCCGCCAGCCAUCACAAGAGAUCACCCAGCCCUUGUCAAAGUUCCACUUGUCACUACAACCAAACUUGCACAGCUCACGAGCCAGUACAAGUAUGAGCAGUGGACUUUCAACGGCACAGUACCAGGACCUUUUAUCCGUGCUAGAGUCGGCGACGUCGUUGAACUCAGUCUCACAAACAAGGAUCCUGCCGGCAAUCCACAUAACAUCGAUUGUCACGCCUUCACGGGACCCGGAGGUGGCGCUGCUGUAACAACAGCUGAAGAGAACGAGACGAAGACUGCUCGCUUCAAGCUGCUCUACCCAGGACUCUACGUGUACCACUGCGCUGCCGCGCCAGUGCCCGUUCACAUCGCCAAUGGCAUGUACGGACUGAUGUACGUGCAGCCAGAGGGUGAAGAUCUUCCUCCUGUUGACAAAGAAUACUACGUCAUGCAAAGUGAGUUCUACCAUGAGCCCCCAGAGGUCGAUGAUGACGGACGUCGUUCUGAAAUUGUCGAAUUUUCUUACCCCAACGGUCUGCGAGAGGAGCCUCAAGUUGUCGCCUUCAACGGCAGCGAAUCCGCUCUUACAAGAGACAAACCUCUCAAGGCUAAUGUUGGCGACAACGUCCGAAUCUUCUUUGGCAACGCUGGUCCCAACUUGACCAGCUCAUUCCAUAUUAUUGGCUCCCACUUCAAGAACGUGUACCGAGACGGCGGUGUUCUCAACCCCCCGUCACAAGGCAUUCAGACAGUCUCGGUUCCUUCCGGUGGUUCAACAAUCGUGGAUCUCAAGAUGGCAGUCCCAGGGACCUACACCCUGGUGGACCAUGCCAUCUUUCGUCUGGAUAAGGGGGCUGUUGGCUUCCUCAACGUGUCAGGGCCGCCAAACCCGGCCGUGUAUCAGAGCCCUCAACCGCCUAGGCCAUGUGUGGGAUGUAAGCUCCAUGCAUGA